GUGUGAAAGACUACCAGAUGAAACCACUCACACACAUAUAUACAUACAUACAUACAAGGAGGAGAUUGCUGCUGUAACUAGGGCAGUGAAUCUUUAAGAGGUGGAGUUAGCUCUCUGGCGAGCCAGCAGCCAGUGCAAUAGCAGAAGCGAGUAGCCAGCAAAGCUGUCAACUUGUGGGUCUGAGAGGACUGUCAAAGAGAGAGAGAGAGAGAGAGAGAGAGAGAGAGAGAGAGAGAGAGAGAGAGAGAGAGAGAGAGAGAGAGAGAGAGAGAGAGAGAGAGAGAGAGAGAGAGAGAGAGAGAGAGAGAGAGAGAGAUUAGGAGCGCCGGAGAACUGAUCUCUGCUCCAGAUGGUGGUUUAAACACAGACAGAAGGCUGCAGAACGGAGAGAAGCGAGAGCUCAAGACUGUGUCUGUGUGUGUUUGUUCGCAGUGGAACCUCAAGACCGUAGCGUACUGAAACAUCAAAACGAGGAAUAAUACAAAAACGAGAAAUAUUGUCAUCUUUGUGAAUCAUAAUCAAAAUUUAAACAAAAAAAAUUGUAUAUUAUUAUUAUUAUUAUUAUUAUUAUUAUUAUUAUUAUUAUUAUUAUUAUUAUUAUUAUUAUUAUUAAUUGGCUAUUAUUAUUAUUCACUUUGGUUGUUUACACUGUCUCUAAAGGAGCGCUUGUUUAAUCGGUAAUAAAGGAACUGGCUAUACAGCGAGGUUGGUAGCAGAGUGCAGCGACCGGCGAAGGAUCUCAUGCCCAAAUUAUUCGCAUCUUUAUAUCUAGGAAGAAGGAACACGCAUCGACAGUGGGACCUAGACCUGCUGAAUUCGUAAAAACAAAAUUAAAAAACUGCCAUUGUAAACUGGGUUUUUUGUAAUGUAUUUAUUUAAUCAUAAUGAGUGAGAAGUAGGUAAUUUUCUAUAGUGAAAAAAAAUAAUCAUAAAAUACACUCUCAGCUAACGUGGAAUUGUUGGACUCUCGCUUCUGUGUUGGAAAAGAAUAAACGGAAGAUGAGGCAUAAAGGGAAGAAUAAACUAUAGGAAAAAGGGGAGACUGCUGGGAAAUAAAAAAAAACUGAAAUUUAAUAAAUAAAUUAAAUUAAAAUAAAAUAUUCCACGUUUUGAAAACUCCACAGGCAUUAAAAAAAAAAAAACAUCAAAAGGAAGACAAACCAAAGACAGAUACAAAAAAAGGAACCUCUUAACUGAGUUAUUCCACGCAUUGCAAGACGACAUUUCAAAAGAAGAAGCUGGGAAUUGAAUUACCUCAGAAUUUAUUUAAUUGAAAUGUCAACACCGCUCUAAAUCCAAAGGAGUCGAUUGUAUUGUGUUUUUCUUUUUUUCAUUUUUUUUUCAUUUUUUAACUUUCGACCGAUGGAAUGAUUUUUUUAAAGAAAUCUUGAGAUGAAAAGGUGCUGAAGUAACACUUUUAAAAACGAGUUAUUUCGAACUGGUGGCUGUAUCUUAUCGUUUCUUUUUCUUUUUGUCCAAAAAUUGAGGGUCUAUUUUUUAAUCUACUGUGGAUUAUUCUUGCUGCAAUUACCUCAGUUUGAUCGCAACCUCCAAAAAGUAGCAGAGAACUGAAGGUUGGAACAAUGCCAGAUUCACCUGCUGAUGUCAAAGCCCAGCCCAGAUCAACUCCACCCACCAUGCCACCACCUCCCCCCUCCAUUACCCAGACAGCCAAUCGUAACGCUUCCUUCACGUCCACCACAAUGUUGAACGGGAGCAGCCACUCCCCCACAGCCCUCAACGGCGGCCCCUCCACUCCGAACGGCUUCAGCAAUGGGCCGGCCAUGUCGUCGACGGCCUCCCUGUCCAAUCAGCAGCUCCCGCCAGCCUGCGGCGCCCGGCAGCUCUGCAAGCUCAAGCGCUUCCUCACCACACUGCAGCAGUUCGGCAACGACAUCUCCCCCGAGAUCGGAGAGCGCGUCCGCAGCCUGGUGCUGGGCCUAGUGAAUUCUACGCUGACUAUUGAAGAGUUUCACUCAAAGCUCCAGGAGGCCACCAAUUUCCCUCUAAGGCCCUUCGUCAUCCCCUUCCUCAAGGCUAACCUGCCCCUGCUCCAGCGCGAGCUGCUGCACUGUGCCCGGCUGGCAAAGCAGACACCCGCCCAGUACCUGGCUCAACACGAGCAGCUGCUGCUGGACGCCAACGCCAGCUCCCCGCUCGAUUCCUCCGAGAUCCUGCUGGAGAUUAACGAGCAUGGCAAGAGGAGGACGCCCGACAGGACCAAAGAGAACGGGGUGGAGCGGGACCCCCUGCACUCGGAGCACCUCCCGAAGAGGCCGUGCACAGUGAGCCCCAGCCUGCGCUACAGCCCUAGCAAUGGGGCCCCCCCGCACCCCCCUCCGAACGGCCUGCCUCCUCAUCCCCCAAAUGGCCUGCCACACCCCACCCCUCCCCAACCACAGCACUACCGGCUGGAGGACAUGGCCCUUGCGCAUCAGUACCGCGAUGCGUACCGUCACACCGAACACCGAGACGCCCGCGAGAGACACCCGAGAGGUGCAGUGCAUGGUGCCCGGCAGGAGGAAGUCAUUGAUCACCGCUUGACGGAUCGCGAGUGGGCAGAGGAGUGGAAGCACCUCGAUAAUGUACGUGUCGCUGGGCUGCUGAACUGCAUCAUGGACAUGGUAGAGAAGACACGGCGGUCCUUGACGGUGCUACGCCGCUGCCAGGAGGCAGACCGCGAGGAGAUGAACCACUGGAUCCGCCGCUACAGCGACGCCGAAGAUAUGAAAAAAGUUGUGAGCUCCGGCCAGCGCCCUCAUCCUCCUCCUGCUCCUCACAACUCCUCCUCUUCCUCAGUCUCCAACACCAACACUUCCUCUAACAUCUCUGAGGCGCAGCCGCUAGAAAUUCACCGGGAUUUUUUGCACAGACCUCCCUCAGGAUACAUGCCGGAGGAGAUCUGGAGGAAGGCUGGUACUGCAAGUAUCCCGCUUUCGCCAGCAAUAAAAAAACUGCAGAGCAAGCAGGAAGAAGCCGUGAAUGAGGUGAAGCGGCAGGCGAUGUCGGAGCUGCAGAAGGCUGUGUCAGAUGCCGAGCGCAAAGCCCACGAGAUGAUCUCAGCUGAGAGGUCCAAGAUGGAGCGAGCGCUGGCCGAGGCCAAGAGGCAGGCCUCCGAGGACGCACUGACCGUCAUCAACCAGCAGGAGGACUCCAGCGAGAGCUGUUGGAACUGCGGGCGAAAGGCGAGCGAGACGUGCAGCGGCUGCAACACAGCGCGUUACUGCGGCUCAUUCUGCCAGCACAAGGACUGGGAGAAGCACCACCACGUAUGUGGGCAGGGCCUGCAGGGCCUGCCAGGGAGCAGCAAUGUUCCUCUGGGCACCCACUCCACCUCUAUGCCCCCCACUCAUUCCGAGGGGGUCCCCUCUGCCCCUCCUUCAGUGACAGGGAGCGGCAAGACAGGUGGGGGAAGCUGCAGCAGCACGGCAGGCAGCCCCAAGGAAGCCAGCUCCAGCAACGUCUCCCGAUCCACCACCCCUGCCACCCCAGCCCUGCUCGACAGCGCCUCCCGCUGACCCUAGAAAGCACCACCACCACCGGAAUCGCACUGCUGCUGCCACAACUGCUUUCCAAAAAAGACUGAUGAACAUCUGCUGUUGCAACGAUUCGAGCUCCGACGAAUGCUACUACUUAGCUACCUGAAGAUUUCAUGUUGACCUUUCCAUCGCCAACUGACCUCUCUGUGUCUCAGUCACACACACACACACACACACACACACACACACACUCUCAUGACCACAAGCACACAAAACACACAAAACACACAUGCAUAUAUAUAUGUGUGUGUGUGUGUGUGUGUGUACAACCAGGACCUAUUUUACUACAAUUGCAGAGCUGCUUAGUUAAUAAUGUGUUCAAAUCAAUCUGGAUGUAAAUGGAUGGCUGGGUAAUAAAACCCUGAGAUAUUUGAACAAGUCACUAUUAAAUCCAAGUUCUAUAAAUAUCCUUUAUUUUGGAUUUUUUUUUUUUUUACUUAUUCCAAAGGAUGACUGGUAAGCAUAAAAUAAUUCCCAGUUAUGAACGGUAUACCUUUGAGCCACACUGCAUAAUUUGUGUAAAAUAAGCCCUGCACUUACAGUAUAUAUUUAUGGUGGGCAGAAAAUGGAAAUGUUUAGCUCAUUUCUGCUGGGAUUUACAUAUACAGUAUAUGGUGCCACCUGGUGGUUGCCUAAUUCUCUUUAAGGGGAAUAUGAAUUCUGUUCUGCCCACCCCUAUUAUCUACACAAACACACUGUACAUAUACAACAUACAAAGAACUGGACUGGAAAGGAAAGUCAUUUCCAUGAUCUGUUAGACCUUGGUGGGAUCCCUGGUCUCAUGUAUGGAGAAUGACAGACACACUGUGAGACUCCCUGUCUUUCUCUGGUGUCUGGAGAACAGAAGGCACUCACAGUGAGAUUUUGAGUCAAGCUGUUGCUUCAGGAGAGGAACACAAGCAUGUCAUCCCACACGGUGGACUUUGUUUCUUAAGAACUCUCGCUCACUUGAAAAUGAAGGCUAACUCUGAAAAAAAAAACAUGAAAGAAUUGACUUAUUGUUUCAUUUUUUGGCUUUAAAAAAAAAAAAAAAUAGUCCAAAAAUUCUAAAGGAAGAUCACCCGUUAACUACCUUGCUAGCUAGCCAAGAAAAUCUAUACCAGACUCACCUCUCUGCUCUGAUGUGAACCCAAAUGAAAAAAAAAAACACAAUACAAACCUUUCUAUUAUUAUUAUUAUUAUUAUUGUUGUUGUUGUUGUUAUGAUUGCACUGCCAAAGUUACUAAGAGACAAGGAGCAGCACUCAUCUUGUUACCAAACACAGCUAUUUCUAUUUCUCAACAGCAAAGUCAGACCAGAGAGAAACGGGCUUCAAGAAGAACAAACAGUAUUUGCUGAAUUAUGUUUUAUACGCAACUUCUUCAGAAGAAAAAAGUCCACGAUGAGGGAAUGGAGAUCUGAAGACAUUAUCAAAAAUGGAGAGACUCCAUACAAAAGACAGUGACUUUUAUCAAUGGGAAUGGAAUACUUGGCUCCAAAAAAUGAAUGGUGAUAUUUGCUUUUUCUUUGUUUUUUUUUAUUAACAAAAAAAAAAACUGAUAGACAAGAACCUCAACGGAUUAAAAGAAAAUCUGAGAAAGCUUUGUACAAUACGACGACUGCUGUGUGAUUAUGAUUUUGUUGCAGUUUUGAAGUAGAAACAUUUCAACUGGACAAUCUAAAGGUUUCUGUCUUCUUAUUUCCCCUUCUUUCCAAAGCAUGAAAGACUAAAGUGACUCGCACUCCUCCUCUGUACUUGGUUCUCUUCUCUCUCUUUCUCUACCUCCCCCUUUUCCCUGCGUGUCUCUCUUCGUCAAGCCCUUCCAAGGCGAUGUCCGUCCUGCUCUGGGCAGAAAUGUCGGAAGGGACUAAAGUUAUUUGUUUGUAGAUAACUUUUUUUUUUUUUUCCAGCGUGUUCUGUCUGUGAUGUUCGUUCGCGUUGCCCUCGUACGUUUUCAAAAAACAUAACAAAACAAAAAAUGCUUUUUUUCCCCCCUUUUUUUAAGCUUGGGUUGAGCUUUGUAGAAGAAUUUGAAAAAAAAAUAACAACUUCUUGUAUCUAUAACUGGCAGGAAAAAAAAGAGAUCAUAAUGUAGAAUAUUUUGUAUUGCUCACAUUGUAAGACAGUAAGAGGAUGGAGGUGCAAUAUGGAGAAAAAAAAUAUUCAGCUACUGAAUGGAACCUCAAGCUACAGCCCAUAGGGCGAUAUAUAUGAAUAUAUUUAAAAUAAGAAGAAGAAGAAGAAGAAGAAGAAGAAGAAGAAGAAGAAGAAGAAGAAGACGAAGAAGAAGAAGAACUUAAUGUGAAUGUAUAUAGUAUUUAAGAGGUCCAAAAAUAUGUUUGCCAAAUAACAGAAACCUUUAAAGUAUAAAGUGUAGAAUAGAGAUUUUCUUUUUUAUUGAAGGGAUUGUAGAGUACUCAUUCAGAAGCUCAGUUUUUUCAGAUUUGCUAAAUCCGUCAUGUGUGUAUAACUAGAAUAAAAGCAAAAAAAAAAAAAAAAAGCAAAACCGAAGACCAAUGAUUUUUAGCUGUGUAAUAAAUAAGAGAUGGCCAGGCGGUCCUGCUAAUGCGGAGAACAUGUGUUGCUGUGUUGGAGAACUCUCUUUCCCUGUUUAUGAAACUCUGUGUGAGCACUGCAUGCUUUAUUAUAUGUGCACAUACUAGGAAGGUUUUUACAUUUGAUUUUUUUUUAUAUUUCCAUGACUGAGGGGUUUGGCUUUAUCAGCAAGAAACUACAAACAAAAAAAAAUAAUGAAUGAAUUGUAGGGAUGGGGUUUAUGCACUGAUUGAAAAGCAGAAUAGGGUUAUUGACUGAUUUGGAAUUGAGCAUUGGGGGAAUAAAAUGCGCUGCAGGGCCUUAAAACACUACAAAACUAUUUUGUAUUUGACAAAAAAUAAAUGUUCAGCCGAAUUUAUUUUACACAUAUUGGAUAAUGAGUGUUACAGGUGAACAAAAAAUAUAGUUAUUAAAAAAAAAAAAAAAAAUACUAUUUGUAAUUCAUUAUAGACUCCCCCCACACAUAAAUGUAAAAACCCACAGUACAGCAUGAUGAUAAUGCAAUGAACUAUUUUUUUGCAAUGUCCAAUUAAUGGCCAAUAUGUUUACAAACAUACUGGUAUUUAAAAAUGUGUAUAUUAUCGCCACCGCCUGGACCAAAAUGUAAUUGCAGCACUUUAAAAAAAAUUGCUAAUGUGAGAUAAGUCAGGUUGGUUGUAUAGAAUGCUUGCUAGUGUAGUGCUGUUUGUGUCAACCCCUAAUAAUACUGGACAAUUUGGCAUUAAUACAUUUAAAAAGGUUCAUUACUUUUCUCCAGCUCCUAUCACAUGUUUACAAUAACCAGAGCGUUAGCACACUGCAAGUGUUUCCAUAGAAACAAGAUCCAAAAGAAUCCCUCUUAUGUGUAAUUGUACAUUAUGAGCUUAUUGAUGUGGAAGGGAGUUACAAGAUACAUAUAAAUUAUCGAGAAAGCAAAUGAUGAAAUGAAAUGAACAAUUCUGAAGUGACAUCUGAGUCAGUGCAUAAAUCAAAACAACGCUUUGAGCCCUGCAAAGACAUUUGUUAUGAUUCCAUUUGCACCCCUCUUUUAAUUGGGGCAUUAGGUGGGACGGGUGCACUAAUGCCUAAGGGACUGAGUUUGUAACACCGUCAAAACAUGACAGACAGAAAAGACAGAAAUGUCCUUGAUUCAGAUAAGUCCUGAUUAUUCAAGUAAGACCAAUUCAAUGCUGUCUGGUUGGGUUUAGGCAUGUGCACAGUUCAAUACAAGUAAUAUAUGUGAUAGAGCAGCAGCAUUUGAGCAAGGUACCAUGGCUCACAAUGUGCAAGGCAGGAUCUGUACAGUGUCUGGAAAUUCAGGCUUGAAUCAUCAGGAUGCUGACUGCAGAUCUAGAUUUGAGAGCCUCUCAGAGUGACACAGACACAGAUGCUGGAAUUCAAUUUGAGUUAUGGCAUAGCUAUCGCAGCUUAUACCAAAUCACGAAAAAUGUGAUAUCGAUAACUAUCGUCAUUCUAAAAUUGCCCAAAACAUACAUUAUAUUUAUCAAAGUUUCUUUUUACUGUGUACCUCUGAUAAGCUGCUAUAUGUAUAGCAGUGCCAUAAUUAAAGUUAAUUCCAGUUUCAGUUACCUGAGUUUCUGUGAUCUUGUGUAUAAGUGUAUCUUAGAAAAGAAAGCAGUAACACACUCCAGGGUGUUCAAUUAUGGUCUAGUAUCUGCAUGCCUAGGGGAGUUGUUCAGCAUGAGGUAAAGACAGGUGCCAUUAAACAGCCUAGAUGUGCAGAUAUUGUGCCAUAUUGAACACUCUGCAGUGUUAUUGAACUUAUAGAAUGGCACCCAUACACGCUACACCACCCCUGCUGAAGUGAAUCUGUUAGUCCUAAUAAUUCCAAGCCUUGCCAGUAUGGUGACAUGUUUGCACAGGUUGGAACGUUUGUUAGCCAAUGAGAUUGCUCCCCCUCUCCUUACCAGUUUAUCAGCACAUGGGUCUGACUAGUGUUUGGUGCAUAUGAUGGCGUUCCCCAAGGGUGAAAAUCAAAUCUGGCCAAAUACCUCUUGAAUAGACCAAACUUGAAUGUUUGCAGCUAAUUUUCUUUGCAGGGUUUUUUUUUUUUUUGUCCCUCCCCGUGCAGCCACUGGUUAAACCUGUCUGCCAAUCUGUUGAGAACAAACAGAUACAUGUCAAAAAAAAAAAAAAAAUAGAACAGACUUGUUAGUACUGUUAGCGAUUGCUCUACUUAUUUAUCAUGUUAAAUAUGUAUAUUGUCUAUUUUUCAUAUGUCAUAAACAAAGGUAAUAUAUAAAAGUAUUUCAGAUGUGAUUAACUGCAGGGUACCCUGUUUUUUGAUGUGUUUAUUCUUUUUUUUAAUAUAUAUAUAGAGAGCGAGAUGCUUUCCUCUUUGUAUUUGUCUCUGUGUUUGUCUCCACCUCUCCAGUGUUACGCUUUCCUGACCUCCCCACCCCAUUCCCCUCCCCCUCAAUGGCUGGAUUAUUGAUCACUCUACCUCGGAGCGCUUGGUGAACCAAGUUGGAAGCAAUUCCUGGAAAAGAGAAACAAACAAGCAAACCAAAUCACUGGGUUUUAGGAGCAGUGUACUUCUAGCAGACGUACAGACGGGCAGAAACUUUCAGGCAAGGAGCUGAUGCUUUCAUUUAUGGAAACUCUUUUGCUUAAUUAUGUCAGACUUCAAGUGGGUGAAUAGAAAGAGUAUUCGAUGUCUAAAAGGCAUUGAUCACUUAUUUUUAGUGAACUACACUUGAUUAAUAAGGAUGAUGACCCUCCAGGUAACUAUGUUACACCCAAACUUCUCUUAAAUUGCUCUUACAUGAGAAUUACUCAAGCACUUAAAACCCACAUUUUAAAUCUAACUGGGCCUGAAUUAAGUAGGUGGCAGCCCAGAAUAAUGCUGCAUUUAGUACAAAAUACAUGUUUUUUUGUUUUUAAAAUGUAUUUACACACUGUUUUAGAAGCUAUACAUAUAAAUUAUGAACCAUGCAUUGAAACAAUGUUAUGCUGUUCAAUAUCUCAUAGGCCCUGGAUUACAAAACUACAUAGAAUAUAAGAACAUCAUGCCAUGGAAACCUUCUUUCUUAUGCACUUAAUUCAUACAGUCGUUUUAUUAUUAGUAUUGUUAUUAUUAUUUAUCAUCCUUGCAAACUGCAAAGCAGGUAACCCGCACAGCAUGUUCAUUAUUUGUCAUGCUUUACAGCACAGAUUAGUUGCAUGAUAUACAAUGAAUGUAUUUUGAUGCAAAAACACUUUUGCUUUGGUACUUUAACCCUUGCCACGUCAUUUAUCAUCCAAAAUAAUUUAAGCACAGACCAAAGCAUUUCUGAUCAGAUCAGCAAUCGGUUUUGACAUGCUAAAGACAAACCAGAGAGGCUAUGAUCCUGUUUCUAAACAACUAUAUUUAAAAACCAAAGUCUCUGAAAAAGACACUCAAAGCACAAACAAGGUGGCCUUAAACCAAGGGUGGAGGUUUAAGAGAAGGUGAUUAAAAGCUAAGCAGUCAAAGAACAUUAUUGUUUGUGUUUUUAACUGAAUGCCUCGGCUGAGAAUAACUCUUAAUCUAGACUGUCAAAAUGAUUGCUGUUAAUUAAAAUAUAUAUUAAAAAAGCUUUGGACUGGGAAGAGUUAAAUACAUCUGCCAGAAUAUUUUACUUUUAUUUUUCCAAAAGUCUGUCUGCAAGGAUUUAAUCAAAUAAGGGCCAUCCGCAUAACAUCCACAGGCUUGAGUGAUCACAUGGGUUAUAGAAGCAGGUACUAUAGAUUCAAAUAAAAGUAUCUUAAUGUGGGAUGAAAAAAAACAUCCCUACGCCAAUAAUACUGCUGGGUUUCCAUCAUUAAUACACUUUCUGAAUGGCCAUAUUUAAGGUUUCCAGUUGAGUUUGUAUGUCUGUUAGCUCAAACUGUGUUUAAAAAAGAAAAACUCAACGUAAAUGCCACAGUUUCCUCUAAAGUUAACCAAAAUCAAACCAAAAUGCAUGUAGAUAAAAUGUAAUAUUUAGAUUGCUUGAUUGACUAAUGUUUUUUUGGAUUUUUAAUUUUUUUUUUUUUUUUUUUAUUGUAAAAGGGUAAAUAUAGUCUUUUGCUCUUUGUGGAUCUCAAUGAAACUCUGGUGCAGUUGUCCUAAUGCUCAAAGAGGUGGAGUACCUGAAUCAUGUAACCAAACUCAUACAUCGCCACCAAGACUACCUGCAGUACCAGGAGAGGGGAGAACUGGGCUGUGUUCAAUUUUGUUUUGAUAAAAGGGAGAGUCAAGAGGAUCUAAAAAAAACAAUACAGACAACAAAAGUUAAGACUGGUUCAUGAGGAAGGGGACAUUUUAUUAACUUUUUCUUCAAAGAAUCUUCAGAUUAAACUGCUUCCCUUUUUCAGCAAAAAACGAACAUUUUAAUUAGGUUGGAUUAAAUUAUGGGUGUAUGAGGAUAACUUUGACUUCUUUUAAAAUGCUUUUACAAAUCCUAGACAAGUGAAAAUAUGUUUCCUUCAAGAAAACUUAUUUUCAAAAGCACUUCGGUUUACCGAUGGUUUUGCACCCUAAACUGUUACCAUGAAUAAAAAAGGAGAGUUGAUGCAACUUUCUAAACAUGAUAUCCCUUCCUGGUGCUCUCCCUUAAGAGUUAACCUCUUCCAUAGUUAAUAAUAAGGUUUUUGUGUAACAAUCCAACUGUUACAUUCGAUGUUUUUUUUGUUUUGUUUUGUUUUUACUAUGGGAAACAUUUUUAUUCUGAAGAAGCCUUGCAAAAAAAGUUGAUGCAGAAGUUUGUAUUAUAAAAGCCAUUUUUUAUUAAAAGAGCAGGUUUGAGUUGAUAUAGGUAGGGAUGCGUUAUAUACUGUACUGUGCAAUACCUAAAUACAGAAAAAAAAGAAAAAAAAAGAAUUUAAGAGUUUGUAUUGGAAGGUUGAUGUGUUGAAGAAAUCUAUAUUUUCAGUUAUGUGGUCAUGCUAGAUGAAGUGAACUGUGCCAGGAGAUUUUUAUUUUCCUUUUUAGCAUGCUUUAUACCUUUUUAGCUAUUUCUCUCUUUCUAAUUGUGCGCUAUGUUGGACAUGUGAAGCUGUAAACAUUCUAAUUCAGGUUAUUGUCUGUGUUGAGCUCUGUAUCUGUGUAAUAAAAAAAGAAAAUUGAAUAUGAAA